CUCAGCCUCUUCCAAGCGUUACGCACUGCUCCGUCAGCUGAACAUGGCCGCAGACUUUUCCAAGAACGCAGUGGAGAGGCCGGAGCCUUUUAAGGCAGAAGUAAAAGGGAGCAUUCCCAGCUGGCUACAAGGCACGCUGCUGCGCAAUGGCCCCGGCAUCUUUUCCGUGGGGGACACCAGCUACCACCACUGGUUUGAUGGAAUGGCUUUCAUGAACAGUUUCACCUUUAAAGAUGGUGAAGUCACCCACAGAAGCAGAUUCCUCAGAAGUGACACGUAUAAAGCUAACAUGGCUGCAAACAGAAUAGUUGUGUCUGAAAUGGGGACAAUGGCCUAUCCAGACCCCAGCAAGAACUUCAUUGUCAAGGCAAUUACAUUUCUUAACCAUACAGUGCCUGACUUUACCGACAACGGCGCAAGCAAUUUCAUCAAAUAUGGGAACGACUACUAUGCCACCUCAGAAACAAACUACAUUCGCAAGAUAGAUCCUGUGACCCUGGAGACCCAGGACAAGGUGGACUACUUGAAAUACCUGCCUGUAAACUUAGCUUCAUCCCAUCCACACUAUGACAAGGAAGGCAAUACUUACAACAUCGGAACUUCAAUAGCAGAGAAGGGCAAGACGAAAUACAUACUGUUCAAAGUCCCUGCAGUUUCAGAGAAAGACAAAGGCAAGAAUGCCCCUGCACUAAAAAAUGUGGAGGUGAUCUGCACAGUCCCCUGCCGCUCCCUGCUCACACCCAGCUACUACCACAGCUUUGGCAUGACAGACAAUUACUUCAUCUUCAUCGAGCAACCUUUCAAACUGGACAUCCUCAAGAUGGCCACUGCGUACAUGAGGGGAGUCAACUGGGCGAGCUGUUUGAAGUUCUGCCCUGAGGAAAAUACUCUGAUCCACCUGAUAGACAGGAAGACUGGCAAAGAGGUUGACACAAAGUACUACACCGGAGCAAUGGUCGUCUACCAUCACGUGAAUGCUUUUGAGGAAGAUGGUCACGUGAUCUUCGAUGUCGUCGCCUACAAUGAUAAUGGCCUUUAUGACAUGUUCUAUCUGAGCAAGCUGAGGGAAAACACUGGGUUCCGUGACGAGAGCUACUCCAAACCGAGCUACAGAAGAUUCGUGCUUCCUGUCCGCUCAGACAAGGGCUUUGCAGUUGGGGAGGACCUGGUGAAACUCAAAUACACCACAGCCAGUGCUGUGAAGGAGAAAGAAGGCAAACUGAUGUGCCAGCCAGAGGUUCUCUGUGAAGCUUUUGAAUUACCUAGAAUUAAUUACGACUUCAACGGCAAGAGGCACCGGUUUGUCUAUGGGAACUGUGUGGUGCAAUCUGCACUGGCAAAGCAGAUUGGCAAGUUUGACACAGAAACCAAGGAAAUGAUUUGCUGGGAUGAAGAGAACUGCUGGCCGUCAGAGCCAGUGUUCAUCCCCAGACCAACUGGAGAGUCAGAGGAUGAUGGUGUGGUUUUAUCAGCAGUUAUCAACUGCAACCCAGGCCAGUCUGGUUUCCUCCUGAUUCUUGACGGCAAGACUUUCAAGGAAGUGGCUCGAGCAUAUGUGAACACUGAGAUCCACAAAGAUGUGCAUGGACUGUUUAUCCCACAAGGAAAUUAGACAGCUGUGUAUAUAUUAAAAAAAAAAAAAAAAAAAGCCUUUGGAGAACUUCCAAAAGACCUGUUCUCUAAAAGUGUUGUG